UCACUCGCUGCGCACUAGUGCUUCUCUCUCUCUCUCUCUCUAGAUUCUCUCUCCACAAGCAAGCGAGCUAGCUAGCUGGUGCAAUGGCGGCGGCGUUGUACGUUCUUGCGGUGGCGCUGGCGGUGAUGGCGGCGGCGGUCGAGGGGAAGAGCUACAACAUCACCAAGAUCCUGGCGGCGCACCCGGAGUUCUCCAAGUUCAACGACAUGCUGAGCAAAACGAGGCUGGCGUACGACAUCAACCGGCGGCAGACGAUCACGGUGCUGGCGGUGGACAACUCGGCCAUGGCGUCGCUGGACCACUUCACCCUCCCCACCAUCCGCCACAUCCUCUCCCUCCACAUCCUCGUCGACUACUACGGCGCCAAGAAGCUCCAUGCCCUCUCCCAUGGCGCCACCGCUUCCUCCUCCAUGUUCCAGGCGACAGGAUCGGCGCCGGGGACGACGGGGUACGUGAACAUCACGUCGCACAAGGGCGGGAAGAUCGACUUCAUCUCGGAGGACGCCGACGAGAGCGCGAAGCCGUCGCGGUUCGUCAAGUCCGUCAAGGAGAUCCCCUACGACAUCUCCGUCCUCCAGGUCAGCUCCGUGCUCUCCUCCUCGGAGGCCGAGGCGCCCGUCCCGCCGCCGGCGCCCGUCAACCUCACCGAGCUCCUCUCCAAGAAGUACUGCAAGUCGUUCGCCGGCCUCCUCGCCGCCAACGCCGACGUGUUCCGCGCCGUCAACGAGACCAAGGACAACGGCCUCACCCUCUUCUGCCCCGUCGACUCCGCCGUGGCCGCCUUCAUGCCGUCCUACAAGAACCUCACGGCCAAGGCCAAGACGGCCAUCCUCCUCUACCACGCCGUGCCGGACUACUUCUCGCUGCAGCUGCUCAAGUCCAACAACGGCAUGGUCACCACGCUCGCCACCGCCAGCGAGUCCAAGAAGGACUACAGCUACGACGUCCAGAACAAGGGCGAGACCGUCACGCUUGACACUAGGGUCGUCACCUCCGCCGUCACCGCCACCGUCGGCGACGCCGAGCCGCUCGCUGUUUACGCCGUCAACAAGUUCCUCAAGCCCAAGGAGCUCUACAAGGUGGUCGAGGCCCCCGCUCCCGCGCCGGAGCCGUCCAAGAAGCACAAGGCGGCGGCGGACGACAGCAGCGACGACUCGUCGGACGAUUCCGGCAAUGUGAAAGCCCACAAGGGUGACGCCGCGCCGGCAGCGAUCGCCCGGUGGGUGACCGCCGCCGCGACUGCCAUUGCAGCGUUGACGCUAAUGGCGUGAGGAGUCGGUCACUCUACAGAGCAGAGCGUGUCCAAUUUUUCAGUUCAAAAUUAUUUUGUUUUCUUAAUUUGUAUGCCUGCUGGUCAAUUACAAAUAAGAAACCUAUAUAGAUGUGUGCAUGAUUUGUAGUUCUUUGGGUUUCCUUUCUUCAGUUGGUUUGAUGUAAUUACACUGUAAUUAGUAUAGUUUGUCCAAAAGCCCCGGAAGAAGCCAAGAACGAUUUCACGAUAAUUAAACAGAA